UUUUCUUUUUUGGCAAAGUUUUGUUAUUUCGUUUUGGCAAUACCUAUAAUAUUAUUAUUUACAUUUUUUGAAUGUUCCUCGUGUGUGGAAGCGAGAAAUGCAGAAUACUUUUCAAACAUGACUAUUUGUAGAUAUUACUUACAGGGUUAUUGCCGUUUUGGAGAGAGAUGUCGAUAUGAGCAUGCAGACCCAGAGUCAUCUUAUCAAGAAGAAACACCUAGAAGGAGUAGUUACAAUGAAUAUAGUAAUCGAGGUUCAUAUAAUGAUGGAUAUAAUAGAAGGAAUUACAAUGCUUAUGAAAAUAGACCCUCUUAUAACUAUGACAGAAGAAAUGAUUAUACUCCACGUGACAAUCGAUAUCAAUCAAAUUAUAACCAAAAUUUUCCGUCUGAAAGAAGAUAUCAGUCAGAAAGAUACGGACCCGGCGCUUAUGAAAGUGAUUCAUAUGGUCAAACCAACAGAUUUGUCCAGAAUAAACAUUCAUGGGUAUCUGAUGAUUAUAGAAGACAAAGGACUCAACAAAGAAAUACAGAAGAAUUUUUUAAUACCAGCACUCCAAAGAGUAAUGUAAAUUUCAGCUUCAGAGAUCCAGAAUUACAAAGAACUGAUCAUCCUGUUGAUUUACGUAUGAAUGACCAAAAUUUGGUCUAUGCUGAAUUGAUCAAAGAGGAUAUAAAAGCAUGGGAACUGGGUGCUCAGUGGCCAUUUACCUGCUAUUCUCCUAUGCAAGAAAAAUCUAGUUUCCCAGGAUUUACUGAUAUAUCCCCUGAGGAAUUAAGAUAUGAAGCAUAUAAAGCUAGAGAAAAUAAUACUUAUGAUUCAUAUGUGGAAUCUGUAGAAAAAGCACUGCAAAAUAUUAAUACUAGAAGAAAUCAAUUGAAAAAUCCAUCAGUGGAAUUGAUGUCUGUUAUUGAAAAAUAUCGCUCAGGACAAGAUGUUAGUGCUGAAAAUGAAGUUGAUGGUAUCUUCUCGUUUACAAAAUCAAGUCAAUCUCCUUUUGAAGAUAUGCUUGCCGAUGAGUCAUCAUUACAGCAGAAUACUGCAGCAUCUUUCAGCUUCAAACUUCCCUCCCAAAGUGAAAGUGGUAUGAAAAUUAGUUCAUCAAACUUCAGUUUCAAAUUACCUUCAGAAACAGGAUCUAAACCGCCUUCUCAAGCUGUGGACUCCGGUAUUUACACUCCUUUGGAGAAACUCACAAGUGCAGACAAAGAGCAAUUUUCUGCUUCUACAUUUACUCUUGGAAAAAUACCAACUGUGCCUCCGCCACAAGAGAUGUGCUUUUGAUUUCAUUUCUUUAUAGCUGUUCGAACAAAAGUUUGUGAUGAUAUUUAUUUUGUAUUUUUGUAAAUUAGGAAAUGUAUGGAAAGUUAAAUUUAUGUUUGACAGGUAAAUAAAGUUUAUUUAGGAUAAUUA